AACGCCGAGGCAGUACGUCACUUCCUGUUUAAACAUGGCUGCGCUCUGACAAAUGUCACACUACUACUUCAUGUUGUUAAUAACGUCUAUUAUAUCGGCCUGUACAACGAAUAAUAAACAGACGACAUUGAAGAGAUUUUGCCUUACGUUGCUCAACAGUCUCUGAGGUUAACCCAGUAGACACCAUGGUCCAUUUAUCAUCACUCCUCCUAAAGAAGUACCACAAGGGUUACGUGGUCAUCCGGCUGGCUCUUGCAGGCCACAAACAAGCUAACAGACCCUUUUAUCGUAUUGUGGCAGCUUACAACAAAAAGGCAAGAGAUGGCAAAUACCUAGAGCAGCUGGGUACUUACGACCCCCUCCCUAACAUCUACAACGAGAAACUUGUCAGCUUCAACUAUGAUCAAAUCAAGUACUGGAUCGCCUGCGGUGCUCACCCCACAAAGGCAGUGGCCAAACUUCUAGGGUUGGCAGGAUUCUUCCCUCUGCACCCCAUGACAAUAACAGAAGCAGAGCGACACAGAGCCCAAACAGAGCAGACAGAAAAAGCAACAGGAACAGAGGAUAGUAUGCAAGUGGACGAGGGACAGAAGCAGGAUGAAGUGUGAGAAUUAAAGCUGGGAGCUGCAUACAACUUCUUACGUCAGUAGCAAGUACUGUUUAUGAGUGUGAAGUGCCAUAACAGGCAGUUGUUUGUCUUUAUUGUUUUAUGUGACUUAAUAAAGUAUUUCAAUAUUA